GUCAAAUGUCUUUUUGCUUUAAGAAUGUUUUUUUGGAUAAGUAUAUAUUCUUAGGGUUUUGAGACUACUAUAAAUACGAGUCUAGAGGUAUUUGCCUUGAUAGGUUUUGCCUUUUUACUUUCUUCAAAGUUGAUUGGCCUUUGUUCACAACAGAAGGGAUGGAGGAAAAGAAGAGCAAAGUGAUAUUACAUGGGAUGUGGGCAAGCACAUACUCCAAGAGGGUCGAGAUCGCCCUGAAACUCAAGGGUAUAUCCUACGAGUACGUUGAAGAAGAUCUAAAGAACAAGACCGAGUCUCUGAUUCAACUCAACCCUGUUCACAAGAAGAUUCCUCUCCUUGUCCAUGAUGGUAAACCAGUGGCUGAACCACUAGUGAUUCUUGACUAUAUCGAUGAAACGUGGAAGAACUCUCCUCCUUUCUACCCAGAGGAUCCUUAUGAAAGGGCCCAGGUUCGGUUCUGGGUCAGCUACAUCAACCAGCAGGUGUUUGAGGUCAUGGGUCGAGUAAUGUUACAAGAGGGUGAAGCUCAAACAAAGUCUGUGAAAGAGGCUAGAGAAAGGUUCGAAGUUCUUGAAGAUGGACUCAAGAAGCACUUCCCGAAUAAAACCAUCAGAGGGAAUGAUGACGUAGGGCUUUUGGACAUCAUCAUCAUCGCUAGUUUUGGAGUCCACAAAGCUAUUCAUGAAGCCAUCGGUGUAGAGACAAUUGAUCCACUGAACACUCCGACUUUAUACAACUGGAUAGAGCGCCUGCAACAGCUGCCUGUGAUCAAAGAAGUCCAAGUGCCACAUGAUAGGUUGGUGACCUUUCUUCAGAAGUAUAGACAAGAGCAUCUCCAGCAGGCUGCAAAGGCGUAAUGGGAUCAAUAUAUUGGUAUAAGGACUUAUGUAUGAGAAUGAAACUAAAUAAAAACGUUUGUGGUCCAAAAGUUGUUAAUGAUUUUCAUUUUCUUGGGCGGCAACACAGUCCAAAAUAAUUCAAUAUUUAACUCUUUGUUCUGUUC